AUGGAAGUUGUCACCAGGAAACGAUUCAUUUCCAUGAGUUCCGAUGGGCCCAAUUCAAAGGUUUCAGCCAUAGGUAUUCGGUUUUCUCUCCAUGCCUCUACUGAAUACGAUGUUACAGAUCAGUCAAUCGGACUGGCUGACAUAAUAACCCUCAACGUUUUGCACGCGAUCAACACGACGGAUCCAGUGCAGAGAGUCCCACUUCUCGACGACAUGAUCGCAAGACUUCAAUGGUUGCGGGUGAGUUCCGGAAAUCUUACCUUGCCUUAUCACAUGACUCCUUUCGACAUUAUCAAUGAAUUUCGCAAAAAAAGUGAAACAUGCUAACGCACGAGGUGACACCGUACACAACCGAGAAAGAUGUCAUCGCGUCGGGCAGAAGUGUCGGCGAAACUGUGUGUUCGGUUAUCAUUGAUCGGAGCACACUCACCGACCCAGACGGGUUUGCAUACCUCUCUCGAUGGGUGUGUGUGUGUGUGUGUUGCUGGUAAUAGAUAGUGUGAUGUGAUCAUCGUCAUCACACUUAUCAGUUUGGCCUCGUGCCAACUGAAGCUGGUGCAGAACUACAUUACGGUAGAAGAUGCGUCAGAGAUAGUUAUAAACAAAAUUCAGUACUCACAUUGUUUCAGCAACAAUACGAGCAAAUCGAUACAAGCAUGAAGAAGUCUAUGAACUCAAGCAAGCAUCCGAUCACUUCCCCACAUCAUAAUGACACUCACAUCAUGCAGAGCAACAUUCACAAGCAGCAGGAGAUGCUGCAGAGCAUGUCGAAGCUCAUCAAUCUUUCCGCGCAGACUCCGGUCCCCAAUGCUCAUACGCCAACUCAGACGCUCACCCUGCCUCGGACAGCCCCCAAGGCUCCGAUUCCAAGUUCUGUUCCACACUCGGUCAUCACGGCUCCACCAGCACCACCUUCAGUACCUUCUGCUCCUCCUCCAACACUCACUCCACAAGUAACAAAGAGGUCCCCGGUUCCUGCAGCUCCGUCCACACCUCCAAAAAGACUAGAGCCGCCAGUUCCGCCAAUUCUGAGAAAAAUGGAGCCUAUCGUGGCACCUCACGUUCCUCCUAAUCAUCCGCCAUCGUUGACGCCGAAGAAUCUGAAUCUGCAAGCGACUGAAGACUACAUUUUUGACUUGGAAUCUAAACAACGCAAACUUCUCAGUUACAUAUCAUCGGCCCACGGCGGAAAAGUGACUGAUGAUAUUCUCCACGAAUACCUCAAGCAUCCGUACGUCCUUUUAAAAGAAAACGGCGUCGUCCGUCAGCAGCAGAAUCCGUUCUUUCAUUUAUUGGGCCCUUCGGCGCCGACACUCGUUCCUCCCGCCAUGAAAAUGAUGGCUUCCCCGGCUCCUCCUCCUAAUCCUCCAGCAACUGCAACGAUGAUUGUCUCCAAAACGUCUCAGUCUCCUCCGAUCCCGGCUCCUCCCGUUCUAGUGCCGCAAGUGGAGUUGCCAAUGAGAAAAGAGUCGGCGUACAAGAAAGAGGAACUGUCGCCACCGGAACAGGUAUUGAGUAUUAUGAAGUCAAGCGUAACCAGUACUUUUCCAGCACUCUCCGCCCCCGCAACUCAAACUCCAAGUCCCUAUAAUGGCAGCGAAGCCGUUUGAACCCCCGGCCAUCCGACCAUGCAAUCAGUGGUCCGUCUUCUCGAUGGCUCUUCCACUGAAGUUGAUCUGCCGCUGCUAUCCGAUGCCGUGUAACUGCCAGAAUUGA